AUGUACAAGAAACGCUUGAGAUCCUGGGGAUGUUCAAAAUACAUCCGGACGAAUGCGCGUCCCGAGCAUCAUUUGAUUUCCUGGUCGGCAUCAGGCCUGAUCAUCGAGUCACCAGACGUUUUUCGGACUCCAGAAACGAUACUGCUCGGCAUUCAGGACUAUAUCACGGAGAGAAACGAAAAUGAAAAUCCUCGGGAAGUUGUUCAAUGUCAGGGAACAUCACCUGCGCAAGCACAUAAGCACACGGAGCACAAUAUUUGCCGCGAGACGCUCGACGCAAUCUUCUCGGGCGCCAAAACGGCGCUGGACAUCGAGACGUUCUCCAGGUCGGCAGCAGAUUUCAUCAACUCGGUGGAAGGCUGUCGCGAGCUACUAGCCGAGCACCAGGUGGAGGAGGCGUUCGUCGAGCUGCGACGCCUGCCGGCCAAGAUACAAGUGUUGCUCCGAGACGAGCCUCACCACGCGCUGCACGGGCUCUUUUUCACGAUAAUCAAGAUGAAGUGGGAUGGGGAGGACUCCGAGCCUGAAAACGGUAUCCUCAAGGCACUUCUGGCGUACAUUGCUGCGUUCGCAGCGGAUUCCUCGCUCGCCUGGCCGGAAAUGUACCCGCUGCGCCGGAUCCUCGAGGGAUUUUCGCGGAUGGAAAACCAGACCGACUUGGCGGAAGUGACCAUCAAAUGUUGGAGCUAUUUUUUGAGCAUGACAAAACCACCUGGGGACGAGACAGCCGGCGGUUCUUGCGUGAUUUCAUCCUUCAGCCUCCCACGCAGCUUCAAGAACACCGCAGGGCGACAUGGGGAAACAAGCCAGUCGUCCCAGCCUCUCGUGCCUGCGUAUGAGCGCCUGGGAAUUGAUAAACGGAGGACAUAUUUACAACGUCUCCAAAGGGAAAAGGAGGGAUUCAAACGCAAAAAUACGUCGUCCCAGGCAAAAGCCGCGUUCAAGAGCCAAAGGUACAUGGCGUGUGCCUACGAGGCGACGGGGCUGAAGCCCUGUCUGAAGCUCUACCUGGACGAGCUCGUAAAGGAAGCCGUGUGUAGAGCCCAAAGGAAAAAGGACUUGCGCUCGGUGGUACUUCGGAUGACUCGCCUUGAUCAUAUGCUUUCGGGGUGGGGUGACGAGGAGAAUUCGCAAUACGCACGGCGAAACAUUGUUAUGUUCGGUGGCGCCGAGUAUCAUGAAUGA